AUGAGUGUCAUAAGCCUUCUCUGCAGCAUACUGCAAGCAGUCAAGCCAAAUAGUCUUCUUUUAACAGGAAAAGAGAGUGAAUUGCGGAUAUUUGGGACAAGCACUGUGGAUAUGCAUAUAUCCAUUAGUAAGUCAGGUAUUACAAGUAGAUUAGCGCACACGGUGGAAGUAAGAAUGACUGAAUUUUACAGACUCUUAAAGGAGUGCAAAGUAUUCUCAGAUAUUCGAUUUACAAAUGAAGGAAUGGCCACUUUAAGCAUAGAGCAGGAGGGAUAUACGCUGCAACUAGAGUGCAUAGCCAAGGAAACAGAUGAAAUUGCACCUCCUGGCUUGAAUGCAGAUAUAAUUGCAGACAUAGACGGGGUUUUACUACGAAAAAUCCCCAUAAAAGACAGUCACUCAAUUCAAAUUUCAUUUAACCGAAAUAAUCUGGAAAUAAAAGUAAAUGGUCCAGUUAAAUCAUGUGCCCUUCAGAAGACAGUUAAUUACAUUAAAAAGAAGGAAAAGACAUAUGCAUUUAUUAUUCCAGCAGAUGGAUUUACGGUUAUCUCCAAAAUAUGCAAAUUAGAGCCAAACAGAAUAAUUGUAGGAGUACUCAGCAAUGUCACAGUAUUCUACAUAUACUUCACAGAUAUAACACUUAUCUGCCACUUAGCUGGAACACUUCUUCAGUUAAGCGAAUUUUAA